UAUUUUCUCCGCCAGAGCGGCGGGAAGGCGCUGCUGCUCUGAUCCAUGUCAACAACCAGAUUGUACCUAACGCGGAGACAACCCGUCAUCCGGAGCAACAUCGUUGUAAGCUUUUGGAACGUACUAACUCCGACUACGGUUGAUAUAACUUCCAAUAAUCAGGAGGAGUCAUGCAGGCUUUUUUGAAAGGAGCAACUGUUCAGACGUCCAGACCUCAAAAAGACAAGGCAGCAGCAGGGUCCAGUACAGAGAAGAAAGCCAAGGCCAUACCUUGGGUAGAAAAAUACAGGCCGAAGUGUAUUAAUGAGGUGGCCUUUCAGGAGGAGGUGGUAGCAGUGCUCAAGAAAUCUGUGGAAGGAGCAGAUCUUCCCAACUUGCUUUUCUAUGGCCCACCUGGAACAGGAAAGACCUCCACCAUCCUAGCUGCUGCCAGAGAACUUUAUGGUCCAGAGCUUUACAGACAGAGGGUUCUGGAGCUCAAUGCCUCUGAUGAACGAGGCAUCCAGGUCAUCAGAGAGAAGGUCAAGAACUUUGCUCAGCUCACCGUAGCUGGGACUCGCACUGAUGGGAAGCCGUGUCCCCCUUUUAAGAUAAUCAUCCUGGAUGAAGCGGACUCCAUGACGGCACCAGCUCAGGCGGCACUCAGGCGGACCAUGGAGAAGGAGUCCCGCACCACCCGCUUCUGUCUCAUCUGUAACUACAUCAGCAGGAUUAUUGAGCCCCUGACCUCCAGAUGCUCCAAGUUUCGUUUCAAACCUCUAGCAAAUCAGAUCCAAGAAGAGCGCCUGCUGGAGAUCUGCGAGAAGGAAAACCUCAAGUAUACCAAAGAGAGUAUAGCAGCGUUGGUGAAGGUGUCUGAGGGAGACCUGCGGAAAGCCAUCACCUUCCUGCAGAGCGCUGCGCGCCUCAACGUCAACAAGGAGAUCACAGAACGCACUGUGAUUGAAAUAGCUGGGGUCAUCCCUCCCAAGAUGAUUGACAACUUGCUCCAGAUCUGCUUCAAAGGAACGUUUGAGAAACUAGAGGUUGCCGUCAGGAACAUGGUGGAUGAAGGCUAUGCAGCCACACAGAUCCUGAGUCAGCUCCACGAGUCUAUCAUAGAGCAGGACCUGAGUGACAAGCAGAAGUCAGCCAUCACAGAGAAGAUGGCAGUUGUGGGCAAAUGUCUGUCAGAUGGUGCAGAUGAGUACCUGCAGAUGUUGAGUCUCUGCUCAGUUAUCAUGCAGCAGGCCUCCCAGAACAACUAAAAAUCCACAAAGUACCGUCAUCUGCUUCCAGCAGGCCCAGCAGCUGUGGAGCCAUCAGCUGGGUUCGUUCAGAGGAUACGAGAUGUUAACCGUGUUAACUGUUAGAGACCAGACCUGUCAAGCUUCCUCACUGUAUUUAAUCUAAAACAGUCUCCCUCCAUCUUGCAUUUUGGAAAUCAAUAAAUAUUUUUAUAUUUCU